AUGGAGGAACGAGGCCUUAAAUUAGUAGGAAGUAAAACCAAGGCAGCCGUAGAAAAGUCAAUGGAGAUAUUAGGAUUGAAGAUAGACAGGAACCUAACUUUCAUACAGCACGCAGAGAAAGCGGUAGAAAAAGCCAGUAGAAUGGCGGAGAAGUUAAAUCGACUGAUGUGGAACACAGGUGGGCCACGAGGGGGUAAAAGAAGGGCGAUAGCCUCGGCGAUGAACAACAUGAUGCUAUAUGGAAGCGAGGUGUGGCGCAGCGCUAUUCGCACUAGGAAAGUUAGGGAGUUAGUAGACAGGUUACAAAGAAAAAUGGCGCUGAAAAUAGCGGCGGCUUACCGCACUGUGUCAAUUACAAAUCUGUUCAUGGUGAUCAGCGCGAGGUUCGAGGGUAAGAAUAACAGGGAGGUCUUGAACGCGUGGGAAGCAGAAUGGCAGGCCCGGGAGUCGUGGACCAAAUCGGUCAUAGGGCACCUGAACAGGUGGACCAAAAGGAAACGCGGCGAAACGAAUUAUUUCGUCACGAAAUUUCUGACUGGACACGGACAAAACGGGGUGUACCUAAAAAAAAUACAAAAGAGGGAGCACGAUAGAUGUAAGGACUGCGGAGCGACCGACGACGCUGGACAUGGCAUAUUAUACUGUCCCAGGUGGGAAGCCGAAAGGUGGCCGGCGGCCAUUAAGAUAGGAGAAAUUUUAGAGGACGGUAAUGUUAUUGGUAUAAUGCUGGAAACGGAGGACAAGUGGCGAAUUAUAGAACAAUGGAUAGUCCAAAUAAUAGGCACACGAGAAAGGGAGGCGAGAGCGGAAGUGGGAAACAGGCAGGAAUAA